UUGUUGCCAUUGAAGAUUGAUAGGUCACGAAGAAUUUUAACGAGCAUAUAUAAGAAGUUUGAACACCUAGGAACACUCCAGUGUCGUGUUAAUGGCCUUCGAAGUAUGAUCGCGCUUCUUCUGUUCGUUUUCUUGUGCUCGGCCAUCGCGGCCCCCCAAGGGAGUCCCCGUAAAACUGUGCCAAUUCUGGUAAACGCCAGAAAUGGUCCUGAUGCGGAUGGAAACUUUGAUUUCAGAUACGAGACGGGGGACGGCAUCUUGCACGAGGCGCGGGGACGCAACGACGGGGACGGCAUCGUCAGAGUUCAGGGACGAUACUCGUUCAGGUCUCCUGAAGGCGAGGUCGUCGAGAUUUCCUACACUGCGGACGAGCGCGGCUUCCUGGCGUCCGGCGACGCGCUAAGAAACCCUACCACUGCAGGGAAACCAAGCCUUAAAAGGACAUCCGUCCGUCGGUUAGACGGAGACCGCGCUGGCUGA